AUGAAUCUGGCCACAUGGUGGGACAAUGCUGCUUAUUUUGAUUGCAGAUCACCUGUAGUGAUAACAACAAGUCCAGGCCUUGCCUUUCCUAAGGUUCCAUUUACUGACAAGACUGGGCACUUAAAGUAUGCUGCAAGAGUAAUUUCAAGUGUGCUAAAGUUCAAGGACCUUCUAGAUAUGGAGGCUUUUCCUGUAGAUACAAUGGGGAAAAGUCCAUUAUGCAUGGCUCAGUACUUGAAGUUACUUUGUUCCUGUCGAAUUCCUCAGCCAAUCAGAGAUGAAGUGUUUGUGGCUCCCAAAGGAACGGCGAAGCAUGUAUUAGUUGCUCACAAAAACCAGUUUUACGUCUUGAAUGUGUUUGAUGGAAGCCGGCUUCUCAGUGAAGGAGAGUUGGUUACUCAGUUGGAGAAGAUAUUAAACAACAGUGAACCUCAGGAAGAACCUGUUGGAAUCCUAACCACUGCUGACCGAACAGUUUGGGCAAAACAGCGAAAGAGACUGUUGAAAGAUCGUCACAACAAGGCCAACCUGGAAGCUGUAGAGAAGGCAAUCUUCCUUCUUUGUUUAGACCAGCCUCCCCCACACUCCACCCAAUCUCCUAGUGUCAUGGAGAUGCCAACCUCGUCUGUUACAGCCAGACAGUGCAUGCAUGGAGAUGGUACAGAAUACAACAGCUGCAACAGAUGGUUUGAUAAAAUCGUUCAGAUCUGUGUGAGUGAGGAUGGACAUGCUGGAAUGUGUUAUGAACACUCUGCGGCAGAAGGUCCUCCUGUGGCUUCUCUUUGUAAUUAUAUACUUGAAAACCUGGAUGGUCACUACGAAAUAAAACCAUCAGAAGGAAACCAUUUAGAAACUCCAUCCAAGUUGACAUGGAACUUGACCAAUAAAGUAAAGGAAGUCAUCCAGCAGUCAGCUGCUGACCUGGACAGCAUGGUCAGUGACAUUGACCUGAGGUGUUUUGUUUAUACUGGGUAUGGUAAAGAUUUUGUCAAAAAGCAAAAGAUGAGUCCAGAUGCUUGGAUACAAAUGGCAUACCAGUUGACAUUUUACAGACUUCACAAUCACAAUCCUCCAACAUAUGAAACUGGUUCUACUCGAAAGUUCCUCCUUGGAAGAACGGAUACCAUUCGCUCGGCGUCCAUUGCCUCCUCUGAGUUUGUCAAGGCCAUGGUCUCACCAAAUAAAACUGUGAGUAUUAAAAGUCUGAAUUGGAUCAAAGUCAUAGGUGCCAGAGCAUAUCCCAGUUUCUGUGGGAUGAAGCGGUUAGUUGUACUUCCCUGAACUUUCCUUAGCCAG